GGUAUCGCUGAGGUGCACUGCAAUAAACGAUAUAGGAAGUAUGAUCCUUUUAUCAUUGCACAAAGCGCAUGUCAGGUGUGUUAUAUUCCAUACCCACGAGGUAUCCGGGAGAAAAUGAAUUGGUGGGUAGUGUUGAAUGUACGUCCUAGAGGAACAAUCGACAGUGCCUAUAGCUCUAGUUAUACAUAUCAACAAGAUAACAUACUGUUGCCUACAUAUGGGGGUGAUCAAAGUAUUCAAGAUGACGUGCAAGAGUUAGUGCACGAACCAUUACAGAUGAAUGAAGUGGAAUUACCUCACAUCGGAAAUCAAUGGUCUGACCAAGGUGUCCAAACUGAAGAUUCAGAAGAAGAAGAUUCUGAAGAAAUUGAAGAAGAGGACAAUGAUGAUUUUGUAGAAGAUGAUAGUGGAGAUAUUGAUGAUGAAGAUGAUAAUGAGGAAUCCGAGAAUGAUGAGGAGGAAGAGGAGGUCGAUUAAAUCCAGAGAAAGAGGAGGUCCCUAAUCUGUUUUGCUGGCAGGAAGAGGAGGUCGACUAAAUGCAGAAAAUGUCUCGACGUCAAAAGAGUAAAUCGUUGAUGUCCCAACCAGCAGUAUCUAAUUCUGAACGAAAUCAACUACCAAGUCCAUCAAAUAAUGCCCCAAACUCCAGCCCACCAUCAAUUACUUUCCCACAGUCCAGCCGAAAUAGUGACUCAGAGCGUACUAUAUCAGCGUCACCAGAUAAUAGUCCAUCACCUCCAACUUCACCAAGCAACAGGCCCACAAUACACCCUGUUGGGAACAAUUCGUUUGAGCCAUGCAAGGCGCAUAGAGAAAUUAUCGACUGUGUUACUAAAAUAUUCCCUGAUGCAAUAAAGUCAUACAGUGCAGCUCCUAGACAUAUGAAGGAUGUUUGGUUUAAUGAAUUCAGGAAAUCAUAUAAGUGGAAACCGGAAGAUGAGGAAGCUAUUCAGAGAAUAUUUCACAGCAAGGCUGCCAGGAGACUGUCUGACACAUUGUAUGAGUAUUUGGGAUAA